AUGGUUUUUUUUAGGAGAGAACUUCUAGAAUGGUGCGACAUUAAUGAAACAGUAAAAAUAGAUGGGGAUCGUGUGGCAAUUGGACAGGAGUCUAAUUGCAGUUUGUAUGAACCUAAGAAAGAGGAUAGCAUAAGAGUAUACCUUUCAUGUGAUCCUCAGUUUGCUCAGCCAACUGUAGUGAUAUUUCUUGGUCAGCCGAUGUCGAAAAAAUCAUACUUUCCUUUCGCAUUAGCAUUUGCCUGCGGAUGGAGUUUAUCGCUAAUAAUGACAUCAACGAUACUUUCCUUUCGCAUUAGCAUUUGCCUGCGGAUGGAGUUUAUCGCUAAUAAUGACAUCAACGUGUUGCUGAGGAACAAACUCCUGGCAUCCACGACAAAAGGUAUGAAAAUCGAGCUUGAGAAUGGCAAAUUCUUUAAGACCUCUGCAACUCAGGGAGUCUUUGAGCGAUUGCCCUGA